AUGUCAUCACUUAGCACAUCCACCAUGCCAGAACCCUCACUCAAAACCCGCCUCAAGUUCAUCCUCCAAAACCGGCCGGAAAGAUGGCUCUACGCCAUAUUCUGGCAAGCCUCCAUAGACACCAACGGCUGUCGUGUUCUCUCGUGGGCCGAAAGUUAUUUUCACGACUCGGUUCCUUCAAUAACAAUCGAUCACGAGACCAUCUUUGGUUGCGAAGACAUAUCCGACAUCCAAUGGUUGGCUAUGUCUUCGCUUUCCAUGUGUUUUCCAUCUGGACAUGAUGUCGUGGGCCGGAGUUAUAGUUCCGGAUCAUGCAUAUGGCUGGAUACUAUAGAACUAAAGAACUACAACAGUAAAAGAACUGAAGAUGUUAGAGUUCAUGGUAUCAAAUCAUUGGUUUGUAUUCCAACCAAACACGGAGUUGUUGAGUUGGGUUCUUGUGAUAGUGCAACACAAGACGGUGGUCUAAUCCAGUUAACGAAAUCCGUAUUUGAUUCCGCUAUCUUUUUCAACAUCAACCGCAAUAAUAUUCUUGGAUGUGAAAACCCUAGUAAGUAUACUCAUGAUUAUGCAAGUGAAAGUCAUGAGGAAGUGAUGAGUAUGAAGAAGAUGAAAAUGUCAUCAACAACGGAUGUUACAAGGGUGCCAAAACCGAGGGGAAGACGAGCAAAGGCGGUUGCUGUUGCUCCGCCUGAAACAGUGGGACCUGGGCCCCAUGUUGAGGCGGAGCGACAGAGGAGAGAGAAGCUAAACCAAUUGUUUUAUGCUCUCCGGAGUGUGGUUCCGCAUGUUUCGAAUAUGAACAAAGCUUCUUUAUUAGCUGAUGCGGUUACUUAUAUCAAUGAGCUUAAAUCCAAGAUCCAAACAUUGGAGAAGAAUAAGAUGAUAGGAUCAAGAACAGCCACCGUUGAUCACUCGAGGGCAGAUGAGAUUGAAGUCGAGGUGAUGUUGCUAGGAUCGGAUGCGAUGAUUAGGGUUCAAUCAGCGAAUGUUAACCAUCCGGCAGCGAAGUUGAUGGAUGCGCUAAAAAUAUUAGAUUUAAGAGUUCACUAUGCAAGUGUGUCAAGUGUGAAGGGUUUGAUGCUGCAAGAAGUUAUUGUGAAGAUUCCUAGUGGAUUCACAUGUGAAGAAGACACCUUGAGACUUGCUAUUCUUGACAAAAUGUAG